CGGUUUUUGGUGAUGAGUCAGAGUGCGUGGUGCUGAUGCUGCUGCCAUUUCAUCACCUUUGCGAGCACAGCCUCCAUCCCUCUGCUCUCCCAGCGCCGGGGCCUACCUUGCUUCAGGCUAGCUGGCCAGUGAUGUGGCCGGUCUAGAAACGGGUUGAUCUGCGCUAAGGCCUCGGUGGGGCGCCCCCUUCCGCCUCCCCAGGCCCGGGCCGAAGAGUCCUGCCAGGCCACCGCCAUGGAGGCCAUCUGGCUGUACCAGUUCCGGCUCAUUGUCAUCGGCGAUUCCACGGUGGGCAAGUCCUGCCUGAUCCGCCGCUUCACCGAGGGCCGCUUUGCUCAGGUUUCAGACCCCACCGUGGGGGUAGAUUUUUUCUCCCGCUUGGUGGAGAUCGAGCCAGGAAAACGAAUCAAGCUCCAGAUCUGGGAUACAGCGGGUCAAGAGAGGUUCAGAUCCAUCACUCGAGCCUACUACAGGAAUUCAGUAGGUGGCCUUCUCUUAUUUGACAUUACCAACCGCAGGUCCUUCCAGAAUGUCCAUGAGUGGUUAGAAGAGACCAAAGUACACGUUCAGCCCUACCAAAUUGUAUUUGUUCUGGUGGGUCACAAGUGUGACCUGGAUACACAGAGGCAAGUGACUCGCCACGAGGCCGAGAAACUGGCUGCUGCAUACGGCAUGAAGUACAUUGAGACGUCAGCCCGAGAUGCCAUUAAUGUGGAGAAAGCCUUCACAGACCUGACAAGAGACAUAUAUGAGCUGGUUAAAAGGGGGGAAAUUACAAUCCAGGAGGGUUGGGAAGGGGUGAAGAGUGGAUUUGUACCAAAUGUGGUUCACUCUUCAGAAGAGGUUAUCAAAUCAGAGAGGAGAUGUUUGUGCUAGUUAAUCCUUCCAUUUUCAAAACAUACUCCCCCACUUGAACUUAAAAGUUAUCGAAAUAAAUAGAAUCCUUAUGUGACUGAAGAGAACUCAACCUUUGGAUAACAAAUAAGCCGUCUUCCGAGGGGUGGAGCUCUGACAGGCUCAUGUGUGGGUAGAUAGGGAGCCUGAGUGUUGACUGAGGGACUAAAUUGUUGACUUGGGCUGAACCAUUGUUUUAUGGCCCAGGCUCAGCAAUGGCUGCUCCGUGUGUCCUUUGUGGACCACAUAUUAAGAGUCUGGGGUUUUGAAAGUUAGGUUCCAGGAAAACACUUAUAGACAGAAAAACUGUUCCUUGGUAUUACAACUUUUCACAGGUGGUGACCAUAAAGAAACAUGUAGAAGGAAAUCAAGUAUCAAAUUGGGGACAAUUAAGAUAACUGAAAGAAGAGUAUGGUAUCAACUUAUUUAAUGAUAAUACCAUGCCAGAUGUGUUCUGGGUUUGGUACAAACAUGCUAAUUCACUUGUAACAGUUCAACUGUAAAAUGAAAGGUCCAUAUGAAUCAGCUGUUUGGUAAGGCCCUUUCAAGAUGGAGUAGUCUAGUAAAACUGCUGUGACUAUGAAAAGCAAAGUCAUUCACACGUUAUUGUUAUCACAUUUGAGAAGGUGUAUACUCUGACAGUGUUACCAACUGUGUGAAAGAAACCGUCCCAUGUAAAAUGCCCAUGCAAGGAAAAGAAGGAAACAUUACAACUCAAAGGCCAAAUUCUUUCCCCUCUAACCAUACCUGAGCUUUCAUUGCAUCAGCGAACCAUACUCUGGAAGUAAGGAUACUGCCUGCUUCUUCAGAUCCCUGACAGUGACAACACAGAGAUUGUCUACAAAAAACCCUAAGUCAAGCCAUUGGUCAUUGGCUCUAUGCUGAGUAUGUGUGCAACAUAUGGCCCUUGAACCCUUAACAAUCCUGCAUAUUAAUUUAUUUCACCUAUUUGAUCACCGUAAUAGGCCUGUGAGAUUUUUGACCCCAUUUUCCAGAAUAAGAAAGCAAGAACCAAGACUACCUGAUCCUAGCUGGAUCAUAUGCUGUCACAUGAAUACAUGAUUAAUUUGUUAACUUUGGAAGACAUGUGACUAUAAAUACAUGUUCUCUAGAUGAUAGGAUAUGUUUUCCUUGUUGUUUUACAGCUCAGCUGUAAUCUUGAAGGAAUCUAAGAAUGAAUCAAAGGAAAGUCCAUUCAGGUAUUACUGACAAGAGGGCAUUAAAUAAUGGAUUAACUGCACAACUGAAAACACAUUAAAACUGUGUGGGUUCUAAAUGCUCUUCUCACAAAUAAUAUGAAUAUUUUUAUUGAAAGGAACCAAAUACAACAAUGGGAAGUGGGAUGGGGAUAAAAUACUCACCCCAUGAUGACCUUGGCCAACUUUUGCUGUGUAUCUACACUGGGCUCCUGUCUACCCGAGAGAGUCAGCUCUUAAUUCUCAGGUGAACAGACAGCUAACUACAUCAGCAAAUAAGAAUAACUGACAUGAAAUUUUCAUUAUAUUCUUAAAAGGAAGUGAUGCUUUAAAUUACUUGUUGGAUUGUAGCCAGUUCAGCUAGGCAAAAGCCAUACUUUUCACAGUAAGAAAACUAUUCUAAUUAGAGCCAAGUUUCUCAUUUACACUGUGGUAGAAAGAGUGGCAAAUCGUUUUUGCAGUAUCCUGUUCAAGUUCAGUAUGAAUAUGUGUGAAUUAGGAAAUCUGUGAAUUUGUUUCAGCUAAAAUAAACCAAAUAAUAAAAAUUAAGAAAUAUUGUUCUGCCACCUUUGCUCCAACUUGGAUAAGCAAAUCAUCUUGGACCAGUUCACAUCAUCAGCUACAGGUGAAGGGAUCAUUUAUUCUAUAUUUGUUUCAUACAUUUUAAAUUGCCAGAUUUUGGGUUGUAGAAGACAAACACAACCUUUUUGUGGGUAAACACAAAAUACACAACAAUAUUCAUGUCUAGAUGGUUCCAAAACCAAGAUUAUCCAGUGGAUAAAUAAGAAUGGUCUAAAUUCUUGUAAACUCAAGAGGGAGGGCUAGAAAUAAAAUAUGUCUACAGUUCUUCCUUCCUUCCUUUCUUUCUCUCUCUUUCCUUUCUUUGUUUUUUUUUUUUCCAGACAAAGUUUUUCUGUGUAGCCAUGGCUGUCCUGGACUCUCUUUGUAGACUAGGCUGGCUGCAAACUCACAGAGAUCUGCCUGCCUCUGCCUCCCGAGUGCUGGGAUUAAAGGUGUGCACCACCACACCCAGCUUUACAGUUUUCUUGGCUAAAAUACAUUAUAAAUUUCCCCAUUUCUGGCUUUUUAAAACAAAUUUCAAUAUAUCCAACAUAAAUGCAGCAGAGGUGGCUGAACUUAACUGCUUAUGUAAGUUCCUGAAAAAUCUUUAAAAAUAAUUUUAGUAGAAUUCAGUGCUGUUGUCACUGCAAUAAGUGGGUUUUAGAAAAUAAGUGUGAAAAAUCAGGUGUUCAUAUACUAAGGAUAAAGCUUUAGAAGCUAUUUUACUACAUAGGUAAAGAAAAGAUAAACUAACUUGUAACAAUGAUCACAACUGCAUGUUGGAUUAGGUUGUCUUAUAUUCCAGAGCAAAAUGUACUGUAUACUUUGCCUCACCUUGUUGUGCACUGUAAUGAAAUGUGAACAUUUCUUUAUUUAGCUGUAUGUGAAUGAAAAUAUGCUUGUAUUUAGUAAAAUGGUUGAUCAUGUGACUGUGAGAUUCCACAUGUGUGUUGUAGCUAUUUCUAGAAUGUGUCCCUUCAUUGUUGCAAACAAGGAUAGCAAUAAGAUAUCAAUCAGAUACUGUAGUAUAUACCACUAUGAUAAAACAUACUUUGCAUAAACAUAGUAAUCAGUAUCUGAAAGCCAAAAGGAGGACACAAUUUCUUAAAGGUUUAUGAUUCUCAUGUUGAAAACCACAGAUAUCUCACUACUUCAUUUUCAGCCCAAGUCACUAUGUAAAAAGUUAAUUCUGUGAAGCCUAAAACUUAAGCAUUAUAAUUUUUAAUCAAGAGCUAUAAUUCUGUCACCAGGGAAGUAAUUAAUUACAUCUAUUGACUUCACUGGAAAGUCUUUUCCAGCUAAAUUGCCUUGAUUUUGUUGUUGUUGCUGCUGCUGCUGUUGUUGCUGCUGCUGUUGUUGUUCAUUUGCUUGGUUUGGUU